GCCAAAUCGUUUUAAUUUGUUUUUUAAUUAGAAAAAAAAGAUUUUUCAACAAAACGAAGAAGACUUUAUCCUUUAAGAAAUGAGAAAAUAAAGUUUCUUUUGAAAAUAGUUUUUAUACCGAGUUUUUAAACUGCACAUAUGUACAUACAUAGGAGUAUGUAAAUAUUUGAAAACAAGUGCUCUAUUUGCCCUUCAAAAAACGCAUGGUGGAUCAACAAACCUAUUACUCACAGCCCCCAUAUGAUCGAACACAAACCCAUCAAAGACACGUUCAACAAGUACAAUACAUUCAAUAUGUAUCACAAAAUGAUUGUAAUAUAGAAGCCAUCCAACAAUCCUUUAACAAACAACAAAACCAAAUUGUUCGUUCUCAUCCUCAUCAAGAAGGUCAACUUCAAAAUGGAGAAGUUAUAAGAAUUGAAAGUUAUGAACCCCCAAUGAUGUUAAACGCUUGGACACAAACAAAUUCUGACGAUUUCCCACCAUUAACGAACAAAAAUAAUGAAGCUGCACUUUUGGAGAAUAUCAAAGAACUUGAACAAAAACUCAAAUAUCAAUCUGAGAUCAUUAACAAAAUGAAUCAAUCAAAAGCACUAACUUCAACUCCUGUUCGGAUUAUCUCCCAGAAGACCUUAACUCCUCCAGAAACUAUUCCCGUAGAAUAUAGAAUUAUAAAUAAAAUGAAUGGGCCCAAUAAUGAAACCCAAAUCGAGAUCGAAAUAAGUGAUGAUAAUACACAAGACGUCAAAGAAGAAUCUUCUGACACGGUAAAUGUUGAUCAAAAAGAGAAUUCCAUGGUUGAGCAUAUGUAUGCUCAAAUUGCAAAAACUCCAAUUUCAAAAGCACAACAAAAGUCAAGAAAAUCCGAAGGUCCAUUAGUUUCGAUUGGGCCAAAUGACACCAAGGUUCCUGCUGCAGAAUUUGAAAAACUAACAUGGUCAUCGGCUUCGAUUGCAACAAGAAAAUUACUAGGAUUCAUUUUUGAUCGGGAGACACUUGCAACGCAUUCAAUGACUGGAAAGGCAUCGCCAGCAUUUAAAGAUCUUGACAAGCCUGUAAAACGUAAACUAGAUUCAAAGGCUAUUGAAGAUGUUAUAUUUGUUGUGACCAAAAAAUGUGGAGUAUCUGCAAAGGAGGUGCGCUCGGCCAUAACUACCAAAUGUGCCGAUGAAAAUAAAAUGUUAAAAUUAAAAGCACUCAAAAAUGUCGAUGGAAAACGUCAAGUUUUGACUGAUAUAAAUCAAAAGCAAAACAUAUAAUAUUCUAAACUUUAAAAUAUUCUUUAUGAAAUGUAAAUAUUUGUACAAAAAAAAAUAUGAUCUAUGUUUAUAUUAAAUUGAAUUACAUUUUUAAGAUGCAAGAAAAUCUCAGAAAAGGUUUUCAACCAUUUUUUUUUAAUUUGUCCUCAUUUCUUAUUUUGAUAUAAGAGUUUAUAAUAGUAAUUUUUUCACAAUUUUGUUUUUCUAUUUAAUAUUGGAUUACUUAAUUUCUUAUGUUCCCGACCAAGUUUCUGCUAAAAGAAAUAGUAUCGUUCAAAAUUGCAUUUUAUUUUUUAAAGGAAUAAUUGGUCAGUAACAAAAAAUGAAAUUGAAAAAUAAAAGAAA